CCUUGGGUGAAGUAUUAUUGAUGGAAGUUUGAGCGAGUAGUCAGGAGUAAUGAUGUUUCUGUGUGCGAGGUCAAAGUGCUGCAAACAAAAAAAGUCUUGCCAGUGCCAUAGCUUCAGCUGGUUUGGGGAGUUUCUUUUAAAGGACCAGAUGAAUGAAGAUCAGUUGCAGAUGAUGUGUGUGAAACCGGGAAGAUAAUACUAAACAAAACGUCUUCCGGGUGGGUGGUGUCACAGUGGGUGGUUUCAGCUUAACUUUCUCUGUAUAGUUUCUCAGCUGGUAUAUGAAUACACAUCUCUGUGUGGAUCUUCAUAUUCUUCAGGCACAUUUUGAUGUUAAACUGGACUGUUGUGUUCGUACAUCAAACUUGGGAUCUUAUAGCAACUGCACAAGAAAACAAUGGAGUUUGACUGUAAUAAGGACAUUUACAGAACUCAUCCACAGACAAAUGUCAGUGCUGUGGCGCAGAAUAGAAGCAAUAUUACAGCACCUGUUUUUAAUUUUUGCACAAUAACCGGCAAUGUUCCCAUAACACACAAUGCUACUGGUAUCAGUGGGUAUCACCCUGACACUGACAAAACACAACCAUCAGCAAACUCAGUGAUUGUCCAGUAUAAACAGCGGAUUUGCAGUGAGUACCAGCAUGUUACCGAGUAUAACUCACUGCCUGGUGAAAAUGUGCUGCUGUGUGAGCGCUACACUGAACCUCUGAUCAUUCAAAGACAUAGAGAUCAAAAAGAAAGAAAAGAGGAGAUCUCCUCAAAAGGAGAAAGUUUUCAGCAGGUCCUCAGCUCCAGGAGCACUCAUGAAUCUGUCCUGAACUCCCUGUUUCACACAGAUGACCAUAGGAUCACUCCUAGAGCUGUCAUACUGCAGGGAAACUCUGGGAAUGGAAAAUCUUUUGUUGUGCAGAAGAUCAUGAUGGACUGGGCAUCUGGUAACCUCUACAAAGAUCAAUUUGAUGUUGUGUUUCACUUGAAGUGUAAAGAAAUUAACUGCAUUCCUGGUGAAAAGAGUUUGUUGGAGCUCUUGAGCUGGAGUUGUGGUUUAACUUCAGAUGAGAUCUCACAGAUGCUCCAGCGGUCACCAGAGAGAGUGCUCUUCAUUAUUGAUGGGUUUGAUGAACUCAGACUCCCACAGGACGAUAAUAACAUGACAUCACCCACAGAUCCAGACCAGAGAUGCACACCUGUGCUCACCCUUUGUGCCCUGCUGAGAGGACAUCUCCAGGUGAACUCCUUCCUCUUGGUCACUAGCAGAUCAACAGUUACAGACAAUUUAAGCAGUCUGCUCAAGAAUCCUCAGCGUUUCACUGAGAUUAUGGGCUUCUCUGAAAGGGGGGUGGAGGAGUAUUUCCAGAAGUUCUUUCAGGAUGAGGAACUCUUCAGGAACGCUUAUACGUUUGUGAAGGACAAUGAAACCCUGUUCACUGCUUGUUCCAUUCCUGUCAUCUGUUGGAUCAUUUGCACAGUUAUCAGAGAAAGAUUCAAUGAUGGUGCAGAUAUUACAAGCGGUCUGGAAACAACCACAUCCAUAUAUGUUGACUUUGUGUUCACUUUACUGGAGCAUCACAGUCAGGGUUUGAAUCAAUCUGUGCCAAACCUGCUGAGGAGUCUGGGUCAACUGGCAGAGAGAGGGAUGCUGGAGCAGCAAGUUCUUUUUGAUUUAAAGACUGUCUAUAAAACAGUGCAAGAUCCUGCAUGCUGUCCAUUUCUGUGCAAGUUCCUCUUUAAAAGAAGAAUCCAGCAAGAGACAAUGUUCAGCUUCAUGCAUCUCAGCUUUCAGGAGUUCUUCACUGCUCUGUACUAUGUCUGUCUAGAUAAACACCAGGCCAUGAUGAAACUUCGCAAGCUAUGUUCCAUUACUGAAAUGUCAUGGAUUCUCCGUUCUUGGCAACCAGCUUUUUCAGAUGUGAUAAAGUUUGCUUUUGGUCUAUUAAAUAAAGACUUGCAAUGCAAACUUAGGAAACAUGGUCUGUCUGUUCAUCGAAAAGCAGAGGCCCAUCUGAAACAAUGGUUUAUAAGUACGAUUUGUAAUAGAAGUUUCUCAGAUCCAUUUAUGUUUAACUAUCUUUAUGAACGGCAUGAAAAGAGCUUUGUGGAAGAAGCUAUGCAGGCCUGGAAUCAGAUUUCUAUAUAUGGUACAAUCUUAAGAAGAACAGAUUGUUGGGCUUUGAUGUACUGCGCUCAGUGCUGCCACAGCAUCAGAUCAAUCUAUCUUGGUGAUUGCAAGUUAACACCUGACAAGUUGUCUAUAAUUCUGCCUGUAGUCCACAAGUUUGAGAGAUUAAGCUUGAAAGUAGAAAACCCAACAGACUCUGAUCUUGUUGAUCUGAUGUGUGCUGUUACAGGAGGAAAGACCCAAAGUGUUGAUGUUACCCCUUUAUGGGGCCGUGCAGAUGGACAUUGUUCCGUUGAAUCAUUAAAACUGUCAGUCAGUGAUGAUGUGUCCAGUGUUGUUGCCCGAGUAGCCACCAGAUGUCUCUUCCCCUCACUGUCACAUGUGCCAUGA